AUAACAGCUGAGAGCUCCGUCUCUUCUCACCGCAGUGAAACGGAGGAGAAACUCCCGGACUUACCGGAUUAAUACCGGACAGAGACACUUUAUCUUUACCGGACUAUUUCAUCUUAAAACGCGACAACAGAGGACAAUGUUUCUCCUGCAGUACACCGGGCUCAACACUCUGCCCUUUGACCCCACAACCAACAAUGACCCUCUGCACUUCAGCAGCUCCAACGGGCCUCUGGUGGCCGAGUGUCCAUCCCUGGAAAGCACCGCGGAAAAUGUCAAGAAGAGGAAAAGAAGCAGUCUGCCUCCAGACGCCAACUGCAACAUGACCAUGACUUCUAACUCCUUGACGAUGCCCAUGUCAGACCCCAGCGCCUGGGCAACAGCCAUGAGCAACCUGGGGAUGCCUCCGAUCAGCAUGACUGGACAGCAACUCCUGCCAGAUUUUGACCCCAGCCUCAGCCUGAUGACUGGCAUUACCCCCAUAAAUCCCAUGAUGCCCGGCCUGGGCCUGGCCCCCCCGCCCCUCUCCCAGGAUGCACCACUUGUCAAGGAGAUCAUCCACUGCAAGAGCUGCACGCUGUUUCCUCCCAACCCCAUGUGUUUGAACCUUCCUGUUCCAGCCACGAGGGAACGUCCUCCAGGCUGUAAGACGGUGUUUGUCGGCGGCCUCCCGGAGAACGCCACCGAGCAGCUCAUCGUGGAGGUCUUUGGACAGUGUGGAGAUAUCGCUGCCAUCAGAAAAAGCAAGAAAAACUUCUGCCACAUCCGAUUUGCUGAGGAGUUCACUGUGGACAAGGCUCUUCUCCUCUCUGGUUACCGUAUCCGUUUGGGGUCGAGCACGGACAAAAAAGACACCGGGCGUCUCCACGUGGACUUCGCCCAGGCCAGAGACGACCUCUACGAGUGGGAGUGCCGGCAGCGCAUGUUGGCCCGGGAGGAGAGACACCGGCGCAAGAUAGAGGAGGACCGCCUCCGGCCCCCCUCCCCUCCCCCCAUCGUACACUACUCCGAGCACGAGUGCAGCCAGCUGGGAGACAAGAUCAAAGACGACAGUAAGUUCCCUGAGGCGGUGCGUGUGCUCUUGACCUGGCUGGAAAGAGGUGAAGUCAACCGCAGGAACGCCAACAACUUCUACUCCAUGAUCCAGUCGUCCAACAGCCACAUCCGCCGGCUGAUGAGCGAGAAGAGUCAGCACGACAAGGAGGUGGAAGAAGCCAAAGACAAGUUCAAGACUGCGAUGGCCACCAUACUGGCUCAAUUUGAACAGAUUGUGUCUGUAUUCCAAGCUGCUUCCAAACAAAAAGCCUGGGACCAUUUCUCCAAAGCUCAGAGGAAGAACCUGGACACGUGGCGUUCACAGGUUGAGAAGAUUAGAAACAUGCACAACGAGCAGCUGAUGGGCAUCAGAGGAGAGGAGGAGAUGGAGAUGUCGGACGAUGACAUGGAGGACUCCUCGGCUUCCAACAGCAAAGACUCUGAGGACUCAGGUGUUUCCCAGGCUGAAGCCUUGAAGGAGGAGAACGACUCCCUGCGCUGCCAGCUGGACGCCUACAGGAACGAGGUGGAGCUGCUGAAACAGGAGCAAGGCAAGAACCAGCCGAUGGGCAGCGAGGAGGACAGCACACACUCUCAGCAGCUCAGCUUCCUGCAGCAGGCUCUGCAAGGCAUGCAGAAGCAACUGCUGAGAAUGAGUGACGAGCUGAAGGAGCGAGAGGCAGAGCUGGAGAAGAGUUUAGAAGACAAACAGCAGCUGAAGAACAAAAUCCUUGACCUCACGUCAGGACUGCAGAACCUGCAGACUGCACACACACCACAGCUGGAGACGUUAAAGCGAGAUGACAGAGGGAGCGAACAGAGUGCUAAUCAAGUCAGUGAUGUAACAGCGUCAUCAGUGGUGUCCUGCAGUCAGGACAGGGAAGGUCCUCCAGAGACGAAUCGUCCCAGUCCUGUUCACUCAGAGAGGGACGCUCUGCUAGUCGGGAUCAUUUCAACCUUCCUGCACGUCCACCCGUUUGGAGCCAGCAUCGAGUACAUCUGUUCCUACCUGCAGCGCCUGGACACCAAGAUUAACACCAGUGAGGUGGAGGCUCUUCUCUCCCGGCUGCCCUGCACCUUCAGACAGGAGCUGACCGGCGUCGGAGCCAGUCUGGAGAAACGCUGGAACUUCUGCGGCUUCCAGGGCAUCAAGAGCACAUAGGACUCUGCUGGAGACACUUCUGGGACAUAAAAAACAGGACAGGUACAUGACGGAGACUCUAAUAAUGUGGAGGAAGACGCUGGACUCCACCUGCAAAGACAAAAACACAAAUUAUUCAAUGUGGAUCUCAGAUCAGGAAGAGGUGUUCUGUGAGAUAAAUAUUACAGGUUUUUGUGAUGGAAAAUUAAUCGGCAACAUCUCUACGGUGAACAAGAGCCGGAUGGAUGUAACUCUAUAGUGAAAGUCAUCUCUCACUCUCAUUUUUUUUUACUCAUGGGAUUCAAUUAAAGGACCCUUCAGAGAGCCAAUCUCAGGGGAGCGGUGGGAUUGGUUUUAUUUUUAUACUGGAGCUCCAGUCGGCUCACCGUGCUGGCGGACCUGGACCAAAGGGCUACACAGGAAGGUCAACAGGGUCGACUUCCAACCUCAAAACUCUCUGGUUUUCUGUUUUGUUUUGCCUCUUCUUGGUUUUAUACGAUCAUGUGAAAUAAAUUCUUAUAUUUC